CCAAUUUAAAUAAAUUAUGCAAAGGAGUAUGUGCAUUUAUCCUACAAAGCUGUUUAGUCAUAUGUGGACUUCAGAGUAAUCUGCCUAUGGACCCAAAACAUACAAGAAAUAGCAGGGAGACAAAAACAAGAGAAUUAAAAGAUUUAUCUCCUUCACAAAGCCAAGAUGAUGGUGGGAAUACUUCAGUCUCACAGCUUCUUUUGGCCAGGAAUCUGGAUUUUGAUCAUAGUUUUGCUUAGAACAGCAAAAUCAGAAAAAGGGGGCUUCUCACUGCCAGGGCCAAUUGGACCUCCUGGGCCUCCUGGACCCCCUGGACCCCAAGGGGAAAGGGGAAACCCUGGGCCACCAGGCAUUUGUGGGUUUCGUGGAUUCAGGGGGCCUCCAGGAAUGAAAGGACCUUUUGGAAACACUGGUGAACGUGGAACACCAGGACCCCCUGGGCUUCCUGCAACAGAGCAAACAAAACAGAAAUCUGCCUUUGCUGCAAAACUGGGCAAAAGCUACCUCGAACCUAACCAGCCCAUUGUGUUCCAAGACAUUCUAUACAAUGAACAGCAACAUUUUAAUGUGUUGGAAGAUAUUUGGAACUUGAGAAGAUCCUUUACUUGGGAGGAAACAGGACUUCAAGCGCCAGAUCAUUUCCAAAAGCUUGUGAUGCUGCUGCUACCAUCUCAGUAUUAUAGCCACUUAUGGAAAGGUGUCUGGGGUUUAAUAGUUUUUUUGAUGUCAAGUGCAGAGGUUCAAGAGAGACACAAUUUUCCAUGUUGUGUACCAGGACCUCAAGGUCCUCCUGGACUCAAUGGAAACCCUGGUCAGAAUGGGUUCAAUGGAGAAAAAGGGGAGAAGGGGGACCCUGGAGAACAAGGUGUUCCUGGAUCUCGUGGUAUCACAGGCUUCCCAGGAAAACAAGGACCAAUCGGCCCAAAAGGUGAAAGUGGAGAAGCAGGCACUCCUGGCCUACCUGGGUUGUGCCAACCCCAACAGAAAUCUGCUUUUGCUGCACAUCUGGGAAAAAAUUAUCCAGCACCUAAUGUGCCCAUUGUGUUUCACAACAUCAUCUACAAUGAACAGCAACACUUUAAUGGAACUUCAGGAAUCUUCACCUGCCAGAUCUCAGGAGUCUAUUUCUUUGGCUACAAUAUGGAGACAAAUAAUAAUUCAAACAUGAUACUAGUGAAAAAUGGUGAAGCAGUGAUGGGAUCCUACCAGAUUACCCUAGAUGGUUAUGAAAAUAUGUCUGGAAGUACCAUCCUUAGACUGGAGGAAGGUGAUAAGGUGUGGUUAGAAGUAAAACCAGAUUACAAUGGACUCACUCACACUAGUUACUUUUUGGGCUAUCUUCUCUUUGUGUUUUAGGUUAUACAGCCUUUAGAGUCCUGAUUCAUUGUUAUAGAAUGUUUAAGAAUUUAGUCCGCUGAUUUUGUGACUCAGUUUAUCCCUAUUUAGAUGUUUAGAUCUCUCAUGUGAUCUGAGGAAAGCAGUAAUAUAUAUUCUGCUUCUACCACCUUCAUUGUUUCUCUUUCAAUGUGUUGGAGCUUGUAAGUCUGUUGCCCAGACUGUUCUAUGUAUUUAGAAUCUCUACUUUAGAAUCCUGAUUGUUCAAGAGUUAGACAGAUAUUAGAAUAACAUAUUGCAGAUUUAUAAUUCAUUUAGAAAGUUCAAAUCUAUUAUGAAGGGUUUGAAGUGGGAUAGUAGAUUUUUAUCAUACUGCUUGUGUUAAUUGGUUACCAAGUGCCAGAAUGUUUCUGUUAUCAGCAACAGUUUUGUGGGUAGCAAGUGUUAAUAAUGUAAUUGUCACUGUCAAUAUUAUCAGUAAUUUCACCUUGACUACACUGUUCCUAGCUCAAACAUGAAUCACACACACACACACACACACACACACACACACACACACACACAUCCCUAUCUGAAAUUAGGGUUAAAACUUGCAUUGGAAAAGGUGGACUAUAGGCCACAAAAAUCCAUGGUGUAAUAACUUGGUUAGUCUUUAAAGUAUCACAGGAAUUAUUGUUUUUGCUGCAACAGCUUAACAGGACUGCCCUAUUAGAAGGUAUUCAAGGAUCUGCUAUUGUAUGAAGAACCUACACAUGUAGUACAGGUGCAGACUAGGGCUGACAUCCUGUUGGAGCUUUCCAUUGUAUAACCAGCCCUCUGUGCAAGUUUUUGGACAUUUUCACAGUUUUGUUAAUGAGGUUUCCAUUACCUCCUUGUGCAAAUACUUUCUCAGGUGAUGCAACAGUCCACAGUUCUUCUGCUCUGUCUCCCCCUGCCAUCUUGGUUUCCUCCAAAAUUCUACAUUAUUGGCUCUCACCAGGAUCUCAGCCAAGGAUUGGCAAGAAACACAUAACACCUAUUUUGAAAAAUCUUCACUGGCUGCCCACUUGCUUCCGAGUGCAAUACAAGGUGUUGGUUAUUACCUAUAAAGCCCGACAUGGCUUGGGCCCAAGUUACUUGAGGGACCGCAUCUCCCCAUACAAUCCGCCCUGCACACUCAGAACAUCCAGGAGAUUCCAUCUUCCAAAUAUGUCUCCACAUCCCAGAUGGCCUUUUCAGUGGCAGCCCCACGAAUUUGGAAUAGUCUCCCUACGGAGCUCCAUCUCAUGACCCCCCUAGAAACAUUUAAAAAGAGGCUUAAAACCUUUCUUUUUUGCCAAGCCUUCCCCCCUGAGGAAUGAAGUUGAGCGCUCUUGAUGCCAUUGAUUCUCUGCCUUACCCUGUGAAUG